AUGAAGUGUUUGUGUUUGAUCGCGUUUCUAGCGUUUGUGAUCACACAAAGCUACAACGAUCUGGGAGUAGAUGCUGCGCCAGGUGAUAGUUUUGUGAGUAGGAGAGGCGUCCAGUUCAUUCUCAACGGUAAACCAUUUUACGCCAAUGGAUUCAAUGCCUACUGGCUCAUGUACGAAGCCACCGAUCCGACCACAAGGUACAAAGUCACACAUGCCCUUGAAAGCGCGGCUGGUCAGGGCCUGACCAUCGCACGCACGUGGGGAUUCCGUGAUGGUGGUUACCGUGCUCUCCAAACCAACCUUGGUUCCUACGAUGAACAAACGUUUCAGGGUUUGGAUUUUGCGAUAGCCGAAGCAAAAAGAGUCGGUAUAAAAAUGAUAAUCGCAUUUGUCAAUAACUUUCCUGACUUCGGAGGAAAGAAACAAUACGUGGAAUGGGCUAAAAGUAAAGGCCAAGCCGUAACUUCCGAAGACGAUUUCUACACAAACGCUCUUCUUAAACAAGCCUACAUGAACCACGUCAAGACUGUGGUGAACAGAGUGAAUACAUUUACCAAAGUUGCAUACAAAGAUGAACCAACCAUUAUGGCAUGGGAGCUCAUGAAUGAGCCAGAAUGCAGAGCAGAUAUAAGCGGAAAAACCCUUACGGCUUGGAUUAGUGAAAUGGCUACUUAUGUAAAAUCUCUUGACUCAAAGCAUCUCCUCUCUACUGGAUCUGAAGGCUUCUAUGGUCAAUCAACUCCUCAAAGAAUGACUGAUUUAAAUCCGGUUGCAGCCAACAUUGUUGGAAGCGAUUUCAUCGCUAAUCACAAUCUUGAUGCCAUUGAUUUCGCAUCCGUUCACUCUUACCCUGACACAUGGUUUCCUAAGUCAGAUGAGAAAACUCUAUUGGACUACUUAAGAAAAAAUCUCGUAGGCCACAUCGAAGAUGCACAAAACGUUCUUAAAAAGCCUCUCAUUCUGGGAGAAUUUGGGAAACCAUCCAAUGCACCAGGCUACACUCAGGCACAGAGAGAUGCUGUCUUCACUAUAGUGUUCGACAUCAUUUACGCGUCUGCCCAAAAAGGCGGUGCAGCCGCAGGAGCAUUGUUUUGGCAUCUUAUUAACGAAGAUAUGAACAAUUUCAAAGAUGCCUACUCCAUUGCACUUAGUGAAAAAUCCUCGACUGUUAAUAUCAUUGGUCAGCAAUCUCGAAAGAUGAACUUGGUUAGUGGAAAAGGAAAGCCAAGUCGCUAA